GCCAGUCGAGGAGCUACGCCCGACAAGCACAUACGCCGCACGCAGACGUCGCCGCCAAAACACACACGCGACAACCACACCAUCUCCGAGUCUGCACUAUUCCAUUCAUACUUCUGAGGCGACGCGGCUCCUAGACUUCUCAACACCACGCCGAAUCCUCUUGCGUACCGUUCUCCCCGCGGCUCACUCCUCAUCCUGUCACAACAGUCUUGCGCGCGAUACACCAAGCCAGCCGGCCUCGACAUCCCGGCGCCCGCCCCCAACGCUGAACCGCUCAACCCCGGUCCGCCCACGGAUGGAAGGAAUGGUAGCGGCUGGUGGACGCCGAUAAUGCAGUCAUGUCGGGCACCACGAUCGACGACGUCGUAAGACGGCUUAGUUCCGCAGACACAGAAACCAGACUGAAGCUCGAGGCCGCAACAACCUUACGCGACAGCCUGGAUCACUAUACUAGUGGGCCGAUCUAUUCACCUUUCCUCAAACGGCUCAUGCCCAUCUUCAUCAACAUCUUGCGCGGACCAUGCAUUUUUCAGAGCAACUCCCCGGAGCAGAAACUUCGGCACUGCAUUCUCGAGGUCCUCCACCGACUCCCCACCGCCCCUGCUCCCGCCGAGCCUUUCGAACCUUUCGCCGAAGAGAUAUGCGACUUGCUCAUGCAACUUGUCCGGACGGACAACGAGGACAAUGCGACCUUGUGUGUCAAAGUCACGUCAGACAUCAUGCGGCACCAGCCCAAGGUCCUGCAAGGCAAGGUUCAACAGUUCCUUUCCCUGAUUCAGGAGCUGUUCGAGCAGAUGGAAAAGGUCGUGCGUGAGCAGCUGGACAAUGCGCCGCCCGCCGCCGGCUCUCAAUCUGGGGCCCCAUCGACACCAGGCAGCACCCAGACCAACUUUCAGUCGCCGCGACCAGGCUCACCGGUGGCGUCGGUCACAGAUCUGGGCGCCGAUCCCCAGCAGCAAAACCGGCCCCUUUUGAAAGGCAUGCAGUCGUUUAAGGUGCUGUCUGAAUGCCCCAUCAUUGUUGUCUCGAUAUUUCAGAUCUAUCGAAAUACGGUGUCGCAAAAUGUCAAGGCCUUUGUCCCCUUGAUCAAGAACGUUCUGCUCCUUCAGGCGAGUGCUCAGAAGCAAGCACAUGCCGACGCCGCGGCAAAGGGGCAGAUUCAUACCGGUGUCAGCCCCGCAGUGAAGAACAGGGCAGCGUUCGGCGAGUUUAUCACGGCGCAGGUCAAGACAAUGAGUUUCUUGGCGUAUCUUCUGCGCCAGUACUCAGCGCACUUGAACGACUUUUUGCCCACGCUGCCAGAUGUGGUCGUGAGACUGCUCAAGGACUGUCCUCGCGAGAAGUCCGGCACCCGAAAGGAGCUUCUCAUCGCUAUCCGACAUAUCAUCAACUACAAUUUCAGGAAAAUCUUCCUGCCGAAGAUUGACGAGCUGUUAGACGAACGGACCUUGACUGGCGAUGGGUUGACCGUAUACGAAACCAUGCGGCCUUUGGCGUAUAGCAUGUUGGCGGACCUCAUUCACCACGUACGAGAUUCUCUGAGUCCGGAACAGAUCCGCAAGACUGUCGAGGUGUACACGCGGAAUCUGCAAGACAACUUCCCUGGUACCAGCUUCCAGACGAUGAGCGCCAAGCUCCUGUUGAACAUGGCAGAGUGCAUUGCGAAGCUGCCUAACAAGGUCGAUGCUCGGCACUAUCUUAUCAUGAUAUUGAAUGCCAUCGGCGACAAGUUUGCUGCGAUGAACCGCCAAUACCCCAACGCGGUCAAGCUGUCGAAGCAGUACCAUCAACAGGCAUACACGGGCGCGACAGAAUCGUAUCUGGCGGACAAGGAAAACCGACCGGACUGGGACGAGACCGACAUAUUUUCGGCUGUGCCCAUCAAGAUCUCUAACCCGCGUGACCGAGGCGCCGACCCUGUGGUGGACAACAAAUUCCUGUUCCGCAACUUGAUGAACGGUCUCAAGAACACCUUCUAUCAGCUGAGGACUUGCAAUAUCGGUACGCCGAUUGACCCACAGAUUGCACCCUCUCAUUGGCAGGAUGUCUCCUACGGCUUCACAGCCGAAGAGGUCAAUGUCAUCAUCAAACUGUUUCGGGAGGGAGCCUACGUUUUUCGGUAUUAUGAGAUCGAGAAGCCUGCCACCGAGUCUCAGUACAUGUCACCUGUGGAGUACAUGGCAAACUUUUACAUGGUCUCUAGCAGUAAAGAGGAGAAGGAUUUGCUGGAGACGUUUGCCACAGUCUUCCACUGCAUUGACCCUGCAACAUUUCAUGAGGUGUUUCAGCAGGAGAUUCCACGACUUUACGACAUGAUCUUUGAGCACACGGCGCUUUUACAUAUACCCCAAUUUUUUCUUGCAAGCGAGGCGACCUCACCUAGCUUUUGCGGCAUGCUCUUGCAGUUUCUCAUGGAGCGCAUCGACCAGGUCGGAUCGGCGGAUGUCAAGAAGUCGUCGAUCUUGUUGCGGCUUUUCAAGCUGGCGUUCAUGGCCGUCACCCUGUUUGCCGGACAGAACGAGCAGGUCCUGCUCCCUCACGUCGUCAGUAUCGUGACCAAGUCUAUCGAGCUGUCGACAAAGGCCGAGGAGCCCAUCAACUACUUCCUUCUGCUACGUAGUUUGUUCAGAAGCAUUGGUGGUGGCAAGUUCGAGCAGCUCUAUAAGCAAAUCCUGCCGUUGCUGGAGAUGUUGCUCGGCGUCCUCAACAACUUGCUUAUGGCCGCGAGGAAGCCUUCCGAACGGGACCUGUACGUCGAGCUAUGCUUGACGGUGCCUGCCCGGCUCAGCCAUCUGCUUCCUCACCUGAGUUUUCUCAUGCGACCCCUUGUCGUCGCCCUGCGGGCUGGCACGGAGCUCGUCGGUCAGGGUUUGCGGACCUUGGAGCUGUGCGUGGACAACCUGACGGCGGAUUAUCUGGAUCCCAUUAUGGCGCCUGUCAUCGAUGAGCUUAUGACCGCACUCUUCAACCAUCUCAAGCCGCAUCCUUAUAGUCACUUCCACGCUCACACAACCAUGAGGAUUCUUGGCAAACUGGGGGGGCGCAAUCGCAAGUUCAUGACUGGCGCUGUGCCGCUCGCAUACAAGGCAUAUGCCGAUGAUUCAUCAAGCUUCGAUGUCCGUCUUAUUGGGUCCAAGAAGGACCGUGCGUUCCCUGUUGAUCUGGGCAUCGAGUUCGCCAUUUCGAAACUCAUGGAGAUACCCAAAGUCGGCAAAACCAACCAGAAUCGCAACAACGACGAAUAUUACAAGAAGCAGGCUCUGCAUUUGAUCAAGGCGCAGCUCAAGCUCCGGAUUGGGUAUGAUCAGUUACCCGACGACCUCCCCAGGAUCGUCCGACUUGAGGCCCAAGAUCUCCUAGCUCGAAAGGUGGAUAUCAACUUCGCGCCGUUUGAAGUGUCAAACCGCGAGAGGUCCAUCUCGAAGAAGGACGAGCAAGAUGACAUCACCAAGAAGCUUCUGAAGGCUAUCAUGUUCGCCGAGUCGAUCCCAGAGUUCAAGGACAAUGCAGAUGGCUUCCUUCUCGAUGUCUGCCGACAUUUUGCCCUCAUCGAGGUUGGACGGGCGCUCGUGGACCUGAAACGAACCUGCACUCCUUUUGACCCCAAAGCUGGCGAAGGCCCGCUGACCAUUGACACGAGAGUAUUGUCCGAGGCUAUUGUUGAAUCUCUGGCUUCCGACCACCCUGAUGUGCGGGAAGCUGCCAAGGGCGCAAUUCGCGAACUGUAUAAGAGCACGGCCAUAAUCAUGGGCGCCGAGAGUAACGUCGGGCGGCUUCCCCUCUUCAGCCACCUCUGCAGCACUUUCUGCCACAGCUGCUACGAAGAGGAGUGGUACACCAAGACUGGCGGCAGCCUCGGCAUUAACUUCUUGCUCACUGAGCUGGACUUUGGCGACGCGUGGAUCGCCUCGAAGCAGACCGAGUUCAUCCGCGCCCUCAUGUAUGUCAUCAAGGACAUGCCUCAGGACCUACCCGAGAAGACAAGGUGCCUAGCGCAAACAAGUCUCGAGGUUCUCUUGACACGCAUCACCAAGAACAUUAAGAAGGAAGACGCUUUGCCAGUGCCGCAGCCUGCUGGACAGCCCCCCGUCAAACAGCCUCGCCUCGCGCAGAUUUGCAUGCAAUUCAACAAUGAGCUCUCCCACAUGAACAAGUUUGUUCGUGAGACUGCCAAGCAGUCUCUAGAGCUCAUUGCCAAAGCGGCCGACUGCCAGGUAUGGGAGAUUGUCGAGCCGUACAAAGAGCGCUUCCUCCAACCCAUCUACGCCAAGCCGUUGAGAGCUUUGCCCUUCAGCACCCAAAUCGGAUACAUCAACGCCAUGACGUACCACAUGGGCCUGAAGGAAAACUGGGUCAAAUUUGACGAUAACUUGAACCGACUCCUUAUGGAGUCAUUGGCUCUCGCUGACGCGAACGACGAGUCUUUGGCAAAUAAGCCUGCCGAGUUUCGGACGCACGAGCACAUCGUCAACCUGCGCGUGUCGUGCAUCCGACUGCUGAGCACUGCGAUGAACAUUGAAGAAUUCUCAAACAGCCCUACUAAGGGCAAGAUCCUAUCGGUGUUCUUCAAAUGCUUGUAUUCGGAGUCGAAGCCCACCAUCGAUGCUGCAAACGAUGCGCUCAAGUCUGUUCUUGCUGUCGACCGCCGCCUGCCCAAAGAUUUGCUGCAAGGCGGUCUCCGGCCCGUCCUGCAGAGCCUUUCGGAUCCCAAGAGGCUCAGUGUGCACGGGUUGGACAACCUCUCUAGACUUCUCAAGUUGCUUACAAGCUACUUCAAAGUCGAGAUUGGUGCUCGAUUGCUCGAUCAGAUCGACUCUAUCGUGGAGCCGAACGCCUGGCAACAAAUUUCGUUCACCUUCUUUGAACAGCACCCUCAGAUGAAGGUCAUCACUGCUAUUUUUAACAUCUUCCAUUUGCUGCCGCCGCCCGCCGAAGCGUUUAAAGAGCGUCUUAUUGACUGCUUCUUGGGUCUGGAAGAGCGGCUCCGCCGGACGAUCCAAAGUCCAUUUCGCGCUCCCAUGUACAUGUAUCUCAACAGAUACCCCAAAGAGGUUUGGGGUUAUCUCCUUGGGAAACUGGACGAUCUCAAGUACGGACGGCUUCUGGCUCAAGUGCUUUGCCAUCCGGACAGCACGGCACUCAGAGAUGUUGCCACCGAGGACAUGGAAGGACUGAUCAACAAAUGCAAUGCUAUCAUGGCACAGAACAACGAGAAGAAGUUUGUGGCUGUUGUCAACACGAUCCAUGUCCUUGACUCCCUCAGUCGUUGGCCGGCCAAUAGCAGUUGGAUGGACAAGAAGGAAAAUAUUGCUUGGCUCAAGACGACGGGCAAAGACCUCGAGACUCAUCUGCGAAGCUACACUCUACCGGCAACUCUUCGUUUGCCGGCGUACCAGGCUGCGGAGCAGCUCAUGAACGUUCUGGUCAAGUCGUUGAAACGCAACCCGAAGGACCUGGACUCGUUGCUCAAUCUGGUCGAGUCUGUGACGAGCGAUGAGCUCCGCUCUACACAGUCUCUGUUCUCGUUCAUCUACGAGAACAUCAUUACCAGUGACUCGGUCGAGUUUUGGAAGACGACUUUCCUGAGGUGUCUGGAAACAUAUUCUGGAAAAGUCGCAUCUAACAAGACCAAAUACUUCCUGCUGCACUACAUCGUGAACCCAAUUGUUGCGAUGGACGUCAUGCGACAUUGGAAUCAUCCCGAACCGAACCGAGCCCUGCGCCUGAUGGAUCGGGCUGUCAUUGAUGCUGUCAGCACCAAGAUUUGGAAAGUCCAUCCCGAAAUGGCGCCCGACGACCAGGCGCAGCCUGGUAUUGACCACACUAGGUUUGAGGUUCUCCAGCUGUCAGCCAUGCUUGUCAAAUAUUACCACACAACGCUCCAAGAGGCGCGCAAGGACAUCAUCAAGUUUGGCUGGACCUUCAUUCGCCUGGAUGAUGUUAUCAACAAACAUGCAGCGUAUGUGGUCAUCGGUUACUUCAUCGCCCACUACGAGACACCGCCCAAGAUCGUCAGCCAGGUUUAUCUCUCGCUGUUGAAAACUAAUCAGAAUGAGGGAAGAGCGUUGGUGACGCAAGCGCUGGAGCUUAUUGCCCCGGUCCUACCGAAACGUUGUGGCGGCACCGGCGUCAACGAGCGUAAUGCGCCUUGGGCUGUUGCUCCACGUCGCAUACUUGCGGACGAGGGCCAAAACGUGCAACAGAUGACCAGCAUUUUCCACUUCCUAGUUCGGCAUCCCGAGCUGUUCUACGAGGCGCGGGACAAGUACAUCAUUCUUCUCAUCACCUCUCUCAGGAAGGUGGCAGCGCCACCUAACCCGUCUCACGAAAGCAAAAAACUCGCCUUGAAUAUGAUGUGGCUCGUGUGGACGUGGGAGCAAUGGCGCGUUGAUGGCAAAGGCUCACCGAUCCUGGCAACGCGCGACUUAUCCCAGUCGCCUGCUUCGAGGAAGCGGAAACUAGAAGCCGACCAGGCCAUGUCUUCGCCUAGCGAGACACGGCAGCCAGCGCCGGGUGAGCGGAACGAGUACCAAAUCCAGCCCGUAUUCCGGCAGAAGAUGGUCAAGUACCUCGUCGAGUUCAUCGCGCAGCUGAAUGAACGGUAUCAGCUGCCAUCUGCCAAACCCCGGGAUCACAACGCCACGACGGUUCCGUUGCCGCCCCCGAACACAGAUCUCUGUAAGAGGGCCAUGAAACUGCUUUACAAUCUUAUGCAGCCGCAGUAUUGGGGCGAUCUCGAGCUGGAUUUGUUCCCCAACGUCACCGAUGUCAUUCUCGCCAGCGACAAGACGCAGGCCAUCUUGACUGCCGACCCGUCCGACAAGGAGAAGUACGACGAGAGAUUUCUCACAAACAUCAUCAACACAUUGCAGGUUGUGCGCAUUGUGCUGAAUUUCAAGACCGAUGAGUGGAUUCAAAAACACGUUUCAGCGGUCCAGAAGGUUUUGGAGAAGUGUUUGAAGUGCGAGAACCCUGAAAUCCAGGACUGCCUUCAUCUCUCAGACAAGGCUUAUGACGAUGGACGAGACCUGAAGUCCAUCAUCAAACGUGUUCUCGACGCGGUGCCAGAGGAUACUCCGAUGGAAGAUGCGGAUGCUGAAGGCGAGUCGGAAGUCCAGACGUCGGAGAUCAUUACAUACCUCUCCCAGGCUGCCACGGAGGCUAUGAACAGCACCUCCUACAUUUCCGGUGUAAAUCUUCUUUGGUCAAUUGGAGACCGGAAGCCAGCUGUUAUCGACCAGCACAUUCCGUCCUUGAUGAAGGCGCUGCAGAGCAAGCACGCCCGCGAACACGUCCAACAUUAUAAUGCGGUCGCAAGCCAGGCUGCCAAUGCAAACAACCGCGGUCAAGACAGCAGCGCAACCCCGGGCGAGAUGUCGACGUAUGAUCUGGAUAUUCAGACCAAGCUCAUGAUCAAGGAGAUCCAGACCGUGGCGCUGAGGAUGGAGCAUCUUGGGGAUAAUAGAAGACCGUUCCUGAGUGUAUUAGCCACGCUGGUCGAAAAGUCCAUGCACAUCGAGCUGUGCACCGAGAUUCUCAACAUGGUCGAGGGCUGGGUGUUCCGCUCGGAGGGAACGUGGCCUACGCUCAAGGAGAAGACGGCCGUGCUGCAUAAGAUGCUGUCGUUCGAGCACAGGCAGGACCCGACCAUGCUGUCCAGAUUUCUGGAGCUGGUGAUUCGAAUCUACGAAGACCCGAAAAUCACUCGGACUGAGUUGACCGUGCGCAUGGAGCAUGCGUUCCUCAUAGGCACAAGGGCUGCCGACGUCGACAUGCGCAAUCGGUUCAUGGCGAUUUUCGACAAGAGCUUGUCGAAGACGGCCAGUGUUCGCCUUUCCUACGUCCUGACUGCGCAGAACUGGGACACUUUGGCCGACUCCUACUGGCUUGCACAGGCAUCGCAACUGCUUCUCGGCGCUAUCGAACAGAACACGAGCAUCCAGCUCCAUCCAGAGGAUUUCCAUGUCCUUUCUGCGUCGCAACUGGCCGCCAUCUAUCCCAAGGACAAGGACUCAAGGGAGCCUAAUAUGAUGCCUGAUGACAAGUUCGAUGCCUUCAUGGCGGGACACCGCAGAUUUGUAGCGGAGCUUGGCGAGGUCAAGGUUCGGGACGUCAUCGAGCCCCUGGCCCAACUGCAGCAUGCAGACACGCAGCUCGCGCAUCAGAUUUGGGUGGCCCUUUUCCCUCUUUUCUGGUCUGCCACGGCUCGAGAUGAGAGGCCCGACCUUCAGCACGGCAUGGUGGCUUUACUUACGAAAGACUAUCACAGCCGCCAGAUUGAGAAGCGGCCCAACGUGGUGCAGUCCUUGAUAGAAGGAACCGCGAAGAACUGGCCAGAGUGCAAGCUGCCGCCACACGUUCUGAAGUUUGAGGCGAAGACCUACGACGCAUGGUACACGGCUCUGGUGCAACUCGAAAAUGCCGCGAUCCACUCUGAGGCCGACUCUGCCACUGUUCGCGAGAGCAACCUAGACGCACUCAUUGAUCUCUACGCGUCUCUUUCCGAGGAUGAUCUCUUCUAUGGCACGUGGCGACGACGGUGUCAGUUCGUCGAAACCAAUGCUGGCCUGUCUUACGAGCAGAACGGCAUGUGGGACAAAGCCCAAAAGCUCUAUGAGGCCGCGCAACUUAAGGCACGCACCGGCGUCAUUCCGUUCUCCCAGGCCGAGUACAUGCUCUGGGAAGAUCAUUGGGUUUUGUGCGCCCAGAAGCUUCAGCAGUGGGAAAUCCUCCAGGAUUUCGCGAAGCACGAAAACUUCCAGGAUCUGCUUCUGGAGUGUGCCUGGCGCAACACGGACAUGUGGCAAGACGCUAAUCACCGGGAGGCCUUGGACAAUGUUAUCAAGGGCGUCAUGGAUGCCCCAACACCGCGAAGAGCCUUCUUCCAGGCUUUUAUGUCUCUGCUCAAGUUUCACAACCAACAGGAGACCAUUGUCGACUUUGCUCGUGUCUGUGAUGAGGCAAUUCAGUUGUCUAUAAGGAAAUGGCAUCAACUCCCCGAACGGCUCACGAACGCGCAUAUUCCCGUCCUGCAAAACUUCCAGCAGCUCGUGGAACUGCACGACGCGAGUGUGAUUUGCCAGAGCCUGGCGAACACAAACUCGUCUAAUUUGGACGUCAAGUCGGGCGAGCUUAAGCUGCUGCUUGGUGCAUGGCGGGACAGGCUCCCCAACGUCUGGGACGAUAUUACCGCUUGGCAAGAUCUAGUCACCUGGCGACAGCACAUCUUUAGCCUGAUCAACCAGACUUACCUGCAGCUUCUUCCGCAGCAGAAUCAGUCGAAUGCCGGUGGCGCCAACUCGUUUGCUUAUCGGGGCUACCACGAGACGGCGUGGAUCAUAAACAGAUUCGCACACGUGGCUCGCAAGCAUAAUCUGCCGGAGGUGUGCAUCAGCCAGCUGAGUCGCAUCUACACCCUUCCGAACAUCGAAAUCCAGGAAGCGUUUCUUAAACUCCGGGAGCAGGCCAAGUGCCACUACGAAAACCCUGAUGAGCUGUCGAGUGGGUUGGACGUCAUUAACAACACUAAUCUGAACUACUUCAACCCACAGCAGAAGGCAGAGUUUUACACCCUCAAGGGCAUGUUUCUUGAGAAGCUGAACCAAAAGGAGGACGCCGACCACGCCUACGGCACCGCCCUAUAUUUUGACAUUGGCGCGGCCAAGGCGUGGGCGGAGUGGGGCUAUUUUAACGACCGCAAGUUCAAAGAGGAUCCUUCAGACUUGAACGCAGCCCGCCAGGCCUUGACCUCUUACCUGCAAGCCGCGGGCAGUUACAAGAAUGCCAAGUCCCGGAAGCUUCUGGCCCGAAUCCUCUGGCUCCUCAGCUUGGACGACUCAAAGGGCACAAUCGCCAUGGGCUUCGACGAUUUCAAGGGCGAGACACCUACGUGGUAUUGGAUCACCUUUAUACCCCAGCUGCUCACCGGGCUGGGCCACAAAGAGGCCCCUCGCGUCUACCAAAUCUUGCUUAGCAUUGCGAAGUCGUACCCGCAGGCUUUGUACUUCCAGCUGCGCACGAAUCGCGAGGAUAUGCACCUCAUCCGGAAGAACCAGGAAGCCAAGGAGCGAAAUCGUCAGCGCGCGCAGUCGACGGCGUCUAAUGGUAAGGCCAGUGCGUCGCCGUCGCAGGCCAAGCAAGAGCCUUCUAAGACGGACGGAGCCUCCUCCCGACCAGGCACUGCCAGCGGUGGAGACUCGACACAGGUCAAGACCGAAGGAAAUGACGCCAAUGCCGCCACGUCUUCGGCCACGCCUGCACCAGCAGCCCCAACGCCGGCCGGAAGCGCCCAAACGACCGGCCAGGGCCAGAAGAAGCCUCCGUGGGACCUCACCGAAGAGAUCAUGGCGGUGCUCAAGACGGCGUUCCCUCUUCUUGCGUUGUCGAUGGAGACCAUGGUGGAUCAAAUCCAAAAGCACUUCAAAUGUCCGCCUGAUGAAGAUGCCUACCGCUUGAUCGUCGCACUUCUCAACGACGCGCUCACGUACGUGAGCCGCACGCCCGCAUCAUUCGCCAAAAGCGUCAAGCUGCCUCCCGCAACGGAGACCAACAUUACUCGAUUUGCCGAGACAAUCUUGCCCAACCACAUCAAGAAAUCGUUUGAGGCAGACUUUGUGGAGGUUAAGCCGACAAUGUACGAGUACAUUCACAAGCUCCGUCGCUGGCGCACAAAGUUUGAGGAGAAGCUGGACCGCCGAGUCUGCCAGUCACCGCUGGAGCAAUUCUCGCCCCAUCUCAGCGAAUUCCGGUACCAGAAGUUCGACGACGUUGAGAUACCGGGCCAGUAUCUGCAGCACAAGGAUAAGAAUCAAGACUUCAUCCGAAUCGAGCGUUUCUUACCGAACGUCGACUUGGUGCGGUCGUACAGCGCGUCGUACCGGCGCCUGAAGAUGCGCGGGCACGAUGGCAGCGUCCACCCGUGGGCAGUGCAGCACCCUGCGGCCAGGCAUUGCAGGCGUGAGGAGAGAAUCCUGCAGCUCUUCCGACAUCUGAACCAGACGCUGAGCCGAAAGAAGGAGAGCAGGCGGCGCGAUCUUCAGUUCACGCUGCCGCUCAUGGUUCCUCUUGCGCCGCACAUCCGAAUCGUCCAGGAAGAUACAUCGUACAUUUCUCUACAGGCGGUGUAUGAGGACCACUGCCGACGCGUCGGCCUGCCAAAGGACGACCCGGUACUCUUCACGCUGGAGAAGCUGCGUGGUGUGCUGGAGACUAAGACUCAGGGCAAGGUCGAACUGACGCCGACGGCGCGUCUGGAGGUGUUCAACGCCGUCCAGGAGAAAUGGGUACCGUCGACGAUUGCGCUGGAGUACUUCCAGCAGGUGUACCCGCAGUUUGCCGAGUUCUGGCUGUUCCGACGGCAGUUCUCGUACCAGCUGUCGGCGCUGACGUUCAUGACGUACAUACUCUACAUGCACAACCGAUACCCGUCCAAGCUCAACAUUGCGCGCGGAUCGGGCAACAUUUGGGGAUCUGAGCUCAUGUCGUUUAUGAGCAACAACAAGCCCUUCUUCACCAAUCCAGAGCCGGUGCCAUUCCGGCUCACGCCGAAUCUGCAAGUGCUCAUGGGCCCGCUAGCGACGGAGGGCAUCUUUGCAUGCUCGCUCAUGGCCAUCGCGCGGUGCCUGACGCAGCCCGAGCACGAGCUCGAGCAUGCGCUGACGCUGUUCGUGCGGGAUGAGAUGAUCUUCUGGCUGACGAGCAGCCACCGGAACGGCAUCAGCGAGAGCCAGCUCCGCGAGACAGUGCAGGUGAACAGCGAUAGUAUCGUCAAGAGGGCAGCGAGCCUGGCGCACAACCCGUCGGGCAACCUGCCUGCGAACCAGACCGUGAUUGACGCCAUCGCCAAGGCCGUUAACCCCAUGCACCUGGCGCAGUGUGACGCACUGUGGAUGCCGUAUCUCUAAAUUUCAAGGCCCAACGGCGUACAGGAGCGCAGGCGGGGAUGGAGACUGGAGUUUUGAUGGGUAAUGGGCGGAGGGGAGUUGUUUCUGGUGGGAAUAGGGGCCCUUGGGAGGCAAUACAGGGCGGACGGCAGGACUGAUGAAUGGAUCAGCAUGGCGUUUGGGAAGGGAAAGCGGCACAAAACGCCAGCUCGUUGUAUCGUUACCGGAGGCGGCUUCUAUCGUAUGACUUGUUAAUUGUACUGUACUGCACGACAUGGAAAAGAGAGUG